GCUGCAGAGGGUUGCCAUGGGCGCGGCGGCGGUGGCUGCGGCCGGGGGUCGUUGCUGGUGCUGGUGUGGCGGGCAAGGAGGGCGCCGGGCGGAUCCCUGCGGCCUGCUCUGCCUGCUCCUGACCUACCUCAGCGUGGGUUACGCCGACUAUGUGGUCCUCGAGCACGUGCUACUCCAGCCAGGCUUCCGGGGCAGCCUCUGGUGCCCUUUCCAUGCGGUGGCGUUCAACUUCAUUGUCGUGAUGCUCCUGGCCUGCCACACAAGAGCCGUCUUUGCAGAUCCAGGCAUGGUCCCGCUUCCCGACACUGCUCUUGACUUUUCAGACCUGCGAAGCAGCAACAGUGCACCCCAUAAGAGCAGCCAGGACUGGACAGUGUGCAACCGCUGUGAGACAUACCGACCACCUCGGGCACACCACUGUCGCAUCUGUCACCGCUGCGUGCGCCGCAUGGAUCACCAUUGCCCUUGGAUCAACAACUGUGUUGGGGAACUCAACCAGAAAUAUUUCAUCCAGUUUCUCUUCUAUACAGGCUUGGCUAGCCUGUAUGCCAUGGGGCUGGUCCUGACCACCUGGCUGUGGCCUACAGACAAGGGCUCGACAGGAAAAACAGAAGGAGCUGAGGGUGGCGUUUCUGGCAACCGCAGCCAAAUUGCUCACCGUAUCAUCCUGUUGGUGGAAUCCAUCCUCUUUGGACUCUUUGUCACAGUCAUAUUUUAUGACCAGCUGGUCUCUAUCAUCACAGAUGAGACUCCGAUUGAACAGUUGCGCAAUCGACUCCUGAAGAAGGCGCACCAGGAGGUGUCCCACACGCGGAAGCCCAAGAUUGCCCUCUUGCGGGAGGUGUUUGGCCGAGGUUUUGUGAUCUGCUGGUUCUUCCCGUGCAGCUGCAACUCCUCAUCUGCCAGCAGGCCUUCCUACAGCUAUUUGCCCAACUAUGAUGUGUGACUUUCUUGUGUGCUCCUUGGGGAAGACUCCCUGGCUGCUCUGCUUGCACAUGGGCUGUCUUUCACGCUCCUGACAGCCGCCUCAGUUUCAUCCGGCUCCAUUUGCUACAGAGGAGGCAACCGCAGCAAUCUCUGACUUUUUCAUUGAAUCCUGGACGAGUGCCCAUCCAUAAGUGUUGAUGGACAUCAAUGCCGUUGCAUUUUUUCUUCCUCCUUUUCAGGCGAAGGUCAGCAGGAGGCUUGUUUUCUGAACUCUUGUCUUGCCUGUGCACAAUUUCAGAAUGGUGGUGUUGCAUUUGCUGGAAUCCAUCCACUCAAACAGUUAUGGGGUGCGGGAGGACUUUGUAAAUCAGGGGUCCUCAAACUAAGGCCCGGGGGCCGGAUACGGCCCUCCAAGGUCAUUUACCCGGCCCUCACUCAGGGUCAACUUAAGUCUGAAACGACUUGAAAGCACACAACAACAACAAUCCUAUCUCAUCAGCCAAAAGCAGGUCCACACUUCCCAUUGAAAUACUAAUAAGUUUAUAUUUGCUAAAAUUGUUUUUCAUUUUAAUUAUUGUAUUGUUUUUGGGUGUUUUUUGCACUACAAAUAAUUUAUUUCAGUGUGCAUAGGAAUUCGUUCUUUUCUUUUUCAAAUUAUAAUCCAGCCCUCCAUCAGUUUGAGGGACUGUGACCUGGCCCUCUGUGUAAAAAGUUUGACGACCCCUGUUGUAAAUCAUAAUCGCUCAUGCUUCUAAAGAUCCUUCUCUAGGUCUGGAUGCGGUCAUCCAAAGGGAUCAUGUAUACAUCAAUCCAGCAAGGAAUUCCAGGGUAAUCUUAGCCUUU